AUGGAGGAGAUGGAAAAGACCUAUCCUCAGUAUGAUGACAUGAACUACGACGACUUAACUUCGAACUUUGAUGAACUAACAAAUAGGUUAAAUAGGGAGGUAAAGUAUAAUUCAGAUCCAUUGGUAGUUACUGACCUUAACAGGGAGAUCAGCUACGUAAGGCGACUCAUGAAUGAACGUGAUAUUGCAGAAACAACCUUCACCGAGGAUAAUGACGGUACAGUAAACAUUUCAGGACCAUCAGGAAGCACAACCGUUCCAGGAGUAGACUUUGUGGAAGACCCUAACGAUUUAUUCCAGACGUGCUAG